CUCAAAUGGCUGUUAGUGGAAUAAAAGAGGCUUUCGCUUAACUGGUUUCUCAGCAUAGAAUCAGUAAACCACCAGUUUUUGUGUCUGAAAAACUGAGUAUACAGAAAAAAGGUGUCGUUUUUUUUAGGUUUUGGACUGUUUCCAAAGGAUUUUAAGUAAAGUAACCAACUGGCUUUCUUCACCUAGGUAGUAAUCUGCGGAAAAAGAAGACUUGGAAUGAACCAACAUGCUAGGUGGAUUUUUAUGGGUCUUUCCAUCUCUCUCUGUGGAUUUCGUCGGUGAACCAUCUAAAAUCCCUGAAGGCACUGUCUUUUGUCAAAUAAGAGUUCUAUAUCGAUUGUGGCUUCUGUUAAUUCAACUCCUCAGAUGUCUACCACGAAAUUAUAAAGAGAAGGCUACUACUUGA